AUACCGAUGUCAAAGAAGCUAACUAUUAAUUUAGAUAUCUUAAGGCUGAAAAGUAUUCAUUUAAUAAACUGAAAUCAUUAACAUAAAAAGAGAUUUUGCAAAAAAAUCAAAGUAAUUUUCUUUGUGUAGCAGAAAGUGCUUCUUUUAACUAAUGCAACAGCCAUAAUUCAAAAGAAACUUAAAUUAGGUGUUAGUUGUUAGGAUUGCAUUGUAGAUUUGAGAAAAAAGAACUCUAUUAAAGAGAGCGAUCAUGUUUCCAACUGCACGAUUAGUUGAUAUGGGAAACAGCACUACCGAAAUAUUACGGACUAAUAUCAAUGCAACUGACCAGCUGACAUCAGAAGGAUUUACUGCUUUACCGGUGGUAAAGAUCAUAGUAAUGUUGAAUCUAAUGUUGGUCGGCAUAAUUGGAAAUAUUUUUGUCAUUGCUUCAGUUAAAAGGGAGAAACAGCUGAAUAUUCCUGGCAACUUCUUUAUUGUGAACCUUGCAUUUGCUGAUCUUAUUAUUACAGGGAUUAGUAUGCCCAUUAUACUACACAAUGUGAUCAAAGAGGUUUUACUUCCAGCUUCCAUGAUUGGUUACGAACAAAACAUAUUUUGCCAAGCAUCAGCAUAUCUUAAAAUUAUAGCUCUACACGUUUCAUGGUACAGCUUUGCUUUCAUUGCAAUCAACAGAUAUUACAGUGUAUGUCGACCAAUACAAUAUCCAUACCACUUUAAAAGAGAUAGAAUUAUGAAGACAAUUUGGUUGAUUUGGCUCUGGGUAUUUAUCAUUAACUUUCCAGUAAUGGUUGGCUGGGCUGUGCCAAGUUCAAAAGAUAUAACCAACUCUUCUGAAGGCUAUUACGAUUUGUAUCCGAGGAAUAGACCACCAGUUGUUUAUGACAAUUCAACAAACGACUGUGUGUUGGGCAUACAGAAUAAUGGAGGCUAUUUAUUCGCAAACGGAAUUUUCGUUGUUGCGUUACCUCUGCUGACUAUUGCUUUCUGCUACUCAUUAGUUUUUAUGGCAAUUAUCAAGAAUCGGCGAAGAUUGCAAUCCACCAUGGGAACUGAUCAAUUGAAAAGAAGAUUCCAGACAGAAAGAAGGACAUUUUUAAUGCUUCUUGCAGUAGUGAUGUUAUUUGUUGUGUCCUGGAUGCCAGUUAUUAUUUACGAAUAUGUUGCUGAUAUUGAAUAUACAUCAAAAAAUGAUACAUCGACUGAUACAGUGCGACUUAUAGUGAAUUGGCUUGCAUUAAGCAACAGCAUGAUGAACCCAAUACUUUAUGCUUUCCUAAACCGGUCAUUCAGAACAGGUUUUCGACAUGUCAUUAUGGACUUCCUUAGCUUUACAACAGGAAAAAUGUGUGGCUGUUGCAAAACAGGAGAGAAAUUAUCGUCAUAUUUCUACACAAUGAGAUCUAUUAACAACGAAACUCAAGGCCCAUAUGCUCUGCAAAGCAUUGUCUCAUCAGGUGCAGUCGGUAACAAAAACAAACCAAGCAAUUCAAGAACAAGACCUAUGCCAAGCAAAAACAUGUCUUCCAAGAAUAAUUCCAAAUCAGAAGGAGUUGAUAACAAAACCAUGGAUCCCCCAUGCGCUGGGCUGGUUGAAGUGAAUGCCAUUGUAAUGAACAGCAAGCCUUCUUUAAUGGAUGACAAAACAACAAUGCCAUAGGAAAGGGAACUAAACCUUAUAAGUUAAUUGAAAUUGAAUUUUUUUGAGCAUUUAAUAUGCAAAUUAGCUGCUUUCUUUUCUGUUCUUUACUUUGCAUAACACAAGCUACCAUAUUUCAAACAAAAUAAAUUUUGUAAGCAAAUUUAACCUUCAACUAAAUGACGUACCUGACUGUGGUAGUAAAGAUCGUACACUUUUGUAGUUGGGUUGUUGUAGAG